AUGGGAAGAGUCCAGUUCCCGACCAAGGAUCGGUUCGCAGCACCCUUCCGUUCCAAGGAAGCGUUUGUCGACUUCAUCAGAGCCCCACAAGGCAAUGAUGGUCAUGCCCCAAUUGGCGACGAAAGAUGGUCCAACAAAGAUCUUGAGCCAACGCCAGUUGAACAGAGAACUUGGACUUGGUUCAAUCUGCCGUUGUACUGGUUCUCCAACCAAUUCUCCCUUGUUGGCUGGAACACUGGCUCCGCUCUCGUAACCGUCGGCCUGACAUGGCAACAAUCCUUCGUAUCGGCCUGCAUUGGCUCUUUCCUUGCUGCGGUCGUAGUUAUUCUCAUGGCCCGACCAGGCGUGAAGUAUCACAUCGGAUUUCCCGUCAUCGCAAGAUCAGUCAUGGGAAUGUACGGCUCUUACUUCUUCGUCUUCAUCAGAGCCAUGGUGUGCAUCAUCUGGUACGGCAUUCAAUCCUUCUACGCCGGGAACAUCCUCUCGGUGAUGCUCCGUUGCAUCUUCGGUAGCUCUUGGGAGAACUUUACGAACACUCUUUCUCCUACUGCAAGCGUCACCUCAAAGCAACUUUUGGCUUUUUUUAUGGCUUGGCUAAUGGAGUUUCCGUUCAUGUGGGUCCAUCCCAGGCACAUUCACUACAUCUUCACGGUGAAAGGGUUCAUCAUGCCAAUUGCGGCUUUUGCAGUGUUCGGAUGGUGCAUGGCCAACGGAGGUGGACUGGGCGCAAUGGACCUUGCUUCCAACGAAGGCGAGCUUGCUGCCUCGGUGACCCCUCUAGGAUGGAGCAUCAUGGCCGGCAUUAAUACCAUCUUCGGUUCCCUCUCGCCUAUGUUGGUCAACCAACCCGAUCUUGCUCGAUACUGCAAAAAGCCUCGAGAUGCUGGUAUAACCCAGGGUAUCAGUGUCUUCGUGGCCUCCAUUAUCGUGUUCUUCUUGGGCAUGGCCUCUACGACUUCUAUGCAGGCAGCAUAUGGCGUUGCCUACUGGAAUAUUUGGGACCUCUUCGAGGCUAUUCUGGACCACCAUUUCGGCGCUGGUGCGCGUGCGGGUAUUUUCUUCGCGGCUCUGGCAUUCUAUCUCGGAGUCUUUGCGACGAACUUUGGGGCGAACUCCAUUCCAUUUGGAAGUGAUAUGACUGGUCUCUUCCCAAAAUGGCUUACCAUUCGUCGUGGCCAGGUGCUUUGCGCCAUCCUCGGUGUAGUCGUGCAGCCGUGGCAGUUGAUGAAGAAUGCUUCAGCCUUCUUGAGUUUCCUGGGUUCCUAUAACAUCUUCAUGGCACCUCUUUGCGGCGUCAUCAUCGUCGAUUAUUUCAUCGCACGAAAGGGAAACAUACAUGUACCAUCUUGCUACGAUGGCAAAAAGACAGGCCUCUACUGGUUCUGGUCCGGUGUAAAUUGGAGCGGCGUGGUGGCAUGGCUACUUGGUACUACUAUGGGCAUUCCAGGACUCAUCGGCCAGUACGAGCCGCAGAUCAUAUCGGCAGCUGCACAAAAUAUGUACCGUAUGGGCUGGCUGUUGACCUUCUUCACGGCAGCGACGAUUUACUGCGUCCUUACUCUCUUAGUCAAACCUCGAGUAUUCCCAGUCGGACGAGAGAGCACACCGUUUGAACGGGAAUGGCUAGCGAACGAGGGCCGCGAGGGCUUCUACGACGGAGAUAGAGAUGGUGGAGAGAUUUAUGCCGCUGCAACGCCUCCUAUGACUGAUGGAGGAGACGACGUUGAGAUUGGCGAGAAGUCACCGAAGAUCGUCGAAAUCUACGAGACCAUGAGCUCAGAUCUCUACAGACUCACAGCCAGCGAGAUCUCGGCGAAGAUCAAAGCAGGCGAAACUUCAGUCGAAGAAUACGCGAAAUCACUUCUUGCACGCAUCGAAUCGCGCGAUGAGGCCGUUCAAGCAUGGGCAUACCUUGAUCCCGAGUAUGUUAUCAAGCAGGCGAGAGCGCUCGACGCCAUUCCAACAGCUGAACGGGGACCGCUGCAUGGCGUUGCCAUCGCCGUAAAGGAUGUCAUCUACACCAAGGAAAUGCCUACACAAUUCAACUCACCCAUAUAUGCCAACGACGCGCCACAAGUAGAUGCUGGCUCCAUAGCGAUACUACGCAAGAACGGCGCACUCAUCUUCGGCAAAACAACCACGACCGAGUUUGCUGCAACGACCACCGGCCCAAAAACACGGAAUCCGCACGACCCGAAGCGUACUCCUGGCGGCUCUUCAUCCGGAUCUGGAGCCGCAGUAGGCGAUUUUCAAGCACCUAUUGGUCUAGGUACGCAGACUGGUGGUAGCACCAUUCGCCCUGGCUCGUACAACGGCAUCUACGCUCUCAAGCCCACAUGGAACUCUAUAACCCGCGAAGGCCAAAAGAUCUACUCGCUAAUUCUGGAUACACUUGGUCUCUACGCCCGCAGCGUGGCUGACCUGGAACUCCUCGCCGACGCCUUUGCCAUUCACGAUGAUGCUCCGCCUCCAACAGAUUACACAGUGAAAGGUGCGAAGUUCGCCUUUCUCAAAACGAUGGUCUGGCCAAACGUUGGUCCUGGCACCUCGGCCGCACUUGACAAAGCUGUCUCGCUCCUUCGUGCACACGGAGCUGAGGUCGAGGAGAUUGAGUUCCCAGAGUAUCUGAAUGAGUUGCCAAAUCGGCACGCGACAGUACUCAACUCUGACGGCCGAACUGCGUUUCUUCCAGAAUAUACGGUCGCUAAGGACAAGAUCUCGGAACAGCUCGUAGGCCAUGUUGAGAACAGCGGAAAGAUUUCGCGCAAGGCGCAACUUGAAGCCUUUGACGAGAUCGCAGCAGCAAGGCCGAUCGUGGACGAUAUACUUGGCAGAUACGAUGCCGUACUUACACCGAGUGUGCCAGACGAGGCGCCGUUGGGGAUUGAGAAGACAGGAAGUGCGGCUUUUUGUUUGAUCUGGACAGCACUGCAUACACCAGUAGUAAACGUUCCAGGGUUCAAAGGCGAAAAUGGAAUGCCAAUCGGCAUAUCGCUCGUUGCGCCUCGCUACCAUGACAGACGAUUGCUCGCUGUAAGCAAAAAGGUGGGUGAGAUCUUCGAAGCUGAGGGUGGAUGGAAACGUUCUGUAUAG